AUGGUAUCGACGUGGAUUCUUUUCGCCUUGGCCGCCGUUGCAGCGGCCCAAGACUGCCAGGACUAUGUGUCGUACACCGGCCAAGCGCAUGCUCCCUUCUCUUCUGGCAAAUACAACUUCUCGUCAAUGCGUCCGCCUGAAGAAUGCAGGUCGUUCAGCUCAUCCGAGGUCGAAGGUGUUAUUACCGACAUGCAACAGAAGAUAGCCGACCCAGACCUCUACCAGCUUUUCCAGAAUGCAUGGCCUAACACGUUGGAUACGACGGUGAGAUGGGUUGGCAAUUCCAGUGACGAUACGUCAGAGGAAUUGAGUUUCAUAAUAACAGGUGAUAUCGAUGCAAUGUGGUUGCGAGACUCGGCAAAUCAGUUGAAAUCCUAUCUUCCGGUUUUGUCUGCCAACAAUACUAUCGGCUCUCUAUACCGUGGAGCGAUCAAUUUGCAAGCACGAUAUCUCAAUGAGAGCUUCUUUUGUCAAGCUUUUCAACCACCAGCGGAGUCUCAGAUCUCAGCUACCGCCAACGGAGCCGUUGACAAUGACAAUGUGACACCAUCAUACAACAACAAUACCGUAUUCGAGUGCAAAUGGGAGUUAGAUUCUGUCGCUUCCUUCUUGGACCUGUCAGCCAGUUAUUAUCGGGUGACAAAUGACUCCUCGUUCUUCAGCAACUAUCAAUGGACGCAGACUGUGCAGUCUAUAUUGAACCAAUCCUACUAUCUACAAAAUAGCACGUACUCGGCCGAUGGGAGUGUGACAACUACGCCCUAUACAUUUACGCGACUAUCAAGCGAUAGUGAAGGCACCCAGGACAACAGUGGCUCGGGUAACGCAUUCGAGAAUACUGGCCUCAUCCGCUCCUGGUUCCGGCCAUCUGAUGACGCCACCAUUUAUCAGGGCUUCAUUCCGGCCAAUAUGAUGUUUUCGAGUGCCCUGUCAUCUAGUGUGUCAAUUGCUAACGCGAUCGGUGAAUCUGAUCUCGCCGAUCAAAUGUCAACUUUGGCCAAAACUGUUUCAAAGGCUAUCCAGAAAUGGGGAGUUAAGAAAGUGACAACAGUGGAUGGCCAGACGACUUCUGUCUAUGCCUUUGAAGUGGACGGAUACGGUAGUCAGAACAUCAUGGAUGAUGCCAACCUCCCAAGCCUACUCGGUGCCCCUGUCUAUGGCUACGUAGGGACAAAUGACACCACCUUUCAGGCAACUCGAAAGCUUCUUCUUAGUAGCAAAAAUCCAUACUAUGGCAACGGUUCCGUCAUUGCCGGCAUUGGAAGUCCGCAUACAGGUUUCGGUCGCGUGUGGCCGAUGAGCUUGAUCGUACGCAUUAUGACGAGUGACGAUGACGAGGAAAUAAUCAGUACGCUGGAGCUAUUGCUCGGUAGCACUGGAGGAACUGGGCUUAUACACGAGAGCGUCAACGUAAACGAUGGCGGCGAUUUUUCUAGACAAUGGUUUGCUUGGGCCAACGGCCUCUUCGGUCAAAUGAUUCUUGAACUCUACCAAAGGAAGCCGCAUAUCCUUCAACACAGCUUCCAGUAG